CAUGAUGGUCAAACAAUUCCGGAAGUUCAAGAAGUUCUUCAAGAAGGCUGAUUCAAUCAGAAGACCAUCCAAGGGAAAGCCACAGGUAAGUGACUCCCCUCCUGAAUCUUAUUUAUGCUAUAACUGCAGGAAGCCUGGCCACUGGAAGUCAGCAUGCCCGUACCCAAAGGUGGAGAAGUACGGAGAAAGAGAAAGGAUCGAGAAGAAAAAGAAAGCAAUGGUUGCUGCUGAAAGUGACGAGUCAUCCAGCUCAAGCUCGGAUGAAGAAGCCCUCGUCUGCAUGGAGCACAGAGUUGAGAAGUCCAACCGUGAGGAUAGGUGGACUAUGUUAGAAGAUGACACUCUCUGCCUAAUGGCCAAAGAUGAUGCUGAUCAAGAG